AUGGCUGAAUUAAUCAACGGACAGGAACAAAUACUUUAUGAAGAUGAUGAAGAAAUUAUUCCCGAAAAAACAAAUGAUGAUGACGAGGACAAAAAUCUUGUCAAUGAUGUUGCUGAUGAUGAUGAUAACCAUAGUGACCAUAGUAGUGAAUGCUCGUACAGUGAUUAUGAGGGCGAUAUAGAUGAGGGAAAACAUCAAGAAGAAGAAAUAAAUAAUGAAACAUGUGCUUUAUUUUUAAAACAAAUUUGGGAUGCACAACGAAAUUGCGUUCAAAAACGAAAACAAGAUCGAUUUUUACUGUUAACCAAAAAAUUCGUAAAUGCUAGUUUUAUUAAAAAAGAAAAAAUGCUCAACGAAAACCCACAACUGAUUAAACAUAUGGUUUUUUUAUGUCGUAAUAUAGCAAACGGUAAAAUACCCACAGAUAUAUCAGGCAUUGAUAAAGGAUUAUUUACAUACAUUUCGGAUAGAACUACAGCUCGAGAGGAUGUGCAUUUACACUUACUUGAGCAAUUUGCUGUUCAAUAUUAUUGUAGACAAGCUAUUAGAAAUAUCGAAGCUAUUCGAAAUAUUUACGCCGAUUGCAAUGGGGGACGAUGUGAAACGCCUAAUGCUGAUAGACGCGGAGAAAUACAAUACGAUGAUGAAAACCCUGAAAAAACUCGUGGAAGACAAAAAAAUUCUAGGCGAAGCAAAACAAACAGCAGCCGAAGGGGAAUUAAUUGAAAGUCAUGCAAACAUGGUCACCAGCAUACAACGUAAAUCACCUUAUGCCACCAAUGACAUUAUUAAUUAUUCUAAGAAAAAACAGACUUAUUUAAAAGAGCAAAAAGAAGCAGCCGCUCCGCCACCACCACCACAACCUGCAGCGGGAAGUGGUCCAGCGCAUAAACCCGGAUCACUGGCAAGUUCAGAAAGCUUAAUACGUGCACAUCUUAAAAAAAAAGGUGUUGUUGAAACAGACAAAGGUGUAAAAUUUGUAUCUAAAACACUAAACAUUGCUUUCGACGAUAUGAUAGCAGAUCUUACAAAAAAUGUGAAAAAAACAAAUACGAAUUUAACAACAGCACAACACGAUAGAUUAUUAAAAGAAUUAAAAAAAAACAAGUAUGCCCGUUGCUUAUAUACAUAGCGAGGCUCUUCGAAAUCAGUAUAGAGAAAUGAACGGUGGAACAACACCUCAAGCAACAACAUCUCAUGCGUCUACACCACCGCCACCUUACUCAACAACAAAUACGCCAUUUGUACCACGACCAUUUUCCCAAAGUAGGAAGGGUAAACCACGCACCUUUAUGUAUGACGUAUGAUGGGUGAACUAACAUGUUUUCUUAGUAAGUUCUUGGAUACCGACAAUCUGGACCAACAAGCAAGAAAUGAUGCAGAUAUUUUACCAUACUAUUCGGGAUGUUAUCCCGCCGAUGUAACACCUAAAGGUACCGGCGCUGACAGAUGUUGCUGGAUUUGGAAUGUGGAUAAAAAAGAUAAACCAGGAACGCAUUGGGUUGCAGUUGUGAAAGAGAAAAAUAUAAUUUAUUUUUUGAUAGUUAUGGUAAAACAUCGCACUUUUUUAAACGCCAUUAUUGGGAACAAUAUUUUGAAAAAUUAA